CGUCUAUUUCAUUUUCAUUUCACACACUUUCUUCCUUUCUUUCCUCUGUUUAAUUUUUUUAUUUAUUUUUCUUGCACGCACCGAAACCGCCCCUUUUCAAAGGCCAAGGGCUCUCUCUUCUCUCACUCUUUCUUUCCUCUCAGUUAAUGGUUAGGGUUUCGUAGGGGUGUUAUCGGAAUGUUCCAGAAGACCCUUCCUUCACUCUUUGCCCUCUCCAAUUCCGUCAUACGACGGCGUUUCGUGCCAACCAUGCAUUGAAUUGUUUUCUUUUUCUUCUUUUUCCUUCAGGUUGAGUGGAGAAUAGUGUUCUUGUGAAGUUGUGGGGACGAGGUUUUUUUGUGGUUUUCGUUUUGCGAGUGCUCGAUUCUGGAGUUUUUUUUUUCUUUUUUUUUUUGUUUUGUUUUCUAGGAUUAGAAAAGGGGUUUCUUUUGGGGUUAAAUUGGUUGCUUAAUUGGUAAGUUACUGAGCUGGUUCACUAUUUCGAGGUCAAACCGCGUUGAUACUUUCCUUUCAAAGGGAUUUGAAAGGUUGGUAGAUAAUUGAUGAGCGAUAUUCGUGAGUUUUAGCUUUUGUAGCGUGCUGAGCUGUGAGAUUUAGGUCUUCCCAAUCUCUUUGUGUUGGUGAGUUAACCCUUGUAAGCAACUAUGGGAGUGUUGUGAGAAAUGGAAAUUUGAUAGCAUUUUAGCUCACUUUGCCGAUAUUGUAGUGUGUAUUUGGGGUUAAGGAAGGUUCAACUAUUGGCUCUUUGAAGCUUUGCAUACCAUAUAUAUAGUUGGUGUGGUAGCAGUUCUGGUAUGGAAAUGUAUGAUGUUUCUCAAACUAGAAAUGCAGAUGCUUAUUUGAUUGAAGGCACUGAUUUAAACUCACAUCUAACAAGCCCAAAUAUUCAACAAUUUCAAGCCAUGUUUAAUGAUGGAGCCCCUGAAUUUGUUGUUGAUCAGAACUUGUAUUAUCCUGCUGCCACCAAUUAUGGGUAUUACUGUACAGGAUUUGAAUCACCCGGAGAAUGGGAGGACCACCAUAGGAUUUUUGGUGUAGAUGGUCCUGAUAUUCAGUACACAGGUGCACAAAACGAAAGUUUUCCAUAUAUAUAUUAUACACCUAGCUAUGGAUUUGCACAGUCUCCAUACAAUCCAUACAAUCCUUAUAUUCCUGGUGCAAUGAUAGGAGUUGAUGGUUCAUUUGGAGGGGCAGAGCAAUAUUACUCCCUCCCCAAUUAUCAAAACCCUAUUUCUUCACAUGCUUAUAUUCCUCUUGUUCAACCAGACAAUUUCCCUAAUAGUUCUGUUGACUCAUUGUUUGAUACCAGAGCUUCUGUCAGCAGACCUGAUGGAAAAGGUUUAAAACCUAAGUUCAAUUCAGCUUCUGUUUCCUUUACUAGGAACUCUUCAAAAUCAUUAUCAAAUCCCACAAGUUCCUUACCCAGGAUAUCAGAAGGUCCGAGAGAUAAUACUGGGGUGAAGAAAGAUAUGACAAGUGGCAGGGGUUUUCUUAAUAUGGCUUCGUCACCUGUCCAUCAGGCCAGAAGCAUUGAUGCCUCAACCCAUCCUGUAGAUACUAUUUCCAAUGGAAAUGUUUUGUCCCAUCAUAAUCAAUUAAAAAUAGCUUCCUCUCUGAGUAGUGGAUUUUCUGAUUAUGGAUCUAAUGCUAAUGGACAGUCUGUGGUUGCUAAACUUCGACCAAAGGUUCACAUUGGUAAAGGACUGAGUGAUGUAAAUGGAAGUUCUGAUGUUUUAGGUGAGCAAAAUCGGGGCCCGAGAAUUAGUAAUUGUAAGUCAAAAUUUCCGCUGGCUGUCAAAGCCUAUACAAACAUAGGAGAUGGCAAUACACAAGAGAAUAUCAUCAUUUCUACUGAUCAAUAUAACAGGGAGGAUUUCCCUGUCAACUAUGAAAAUGCAAAGUUUUUUGUUAUAAAAUCAUACAGUGAAGAUGAUGUGCACAAAAGUAUUAAAUAUAAUGUGUGGUCAUCAACACCUCAUGGAAACAAGAAGCUGCAGAGUGCUCAUGAAGAUGCUAAGAGAAUAGCUUCUGGAAAAUUUGGAAGCUGCCCAAUCUUUCUUUUCUUUUCUGUUAAUGCAAGUGGUCAAUUUUGUGGGGUUGCUGAGAUGAUUGGACCUGUUGACUUCAAUAAGGACAUGGACUUUUGGCAGCAAGAUAAAUGGAGUGGGAGCUUCCCUGUAAAAUGGUACAUCAUAAAAGAUGUGCCAAAUGCAAAUUUUAGGCACAUUAUACUAGAGAACAAUGAGAACAAACCUGUUACUAAUAGCAGAGACACACAAGAGAUAAUGUAUAGUAAAGGUUUGGAAAUGCUUAAAAUAUUCAAAAACCAUCAUUUGAAGACAUCUUUGCUUGAUGACUUUAUAUAUUAUGAAAAUCGUCAGAAGAUCAUGCUGGAAGAAAAGACCAAGUUGCUAAUCAGAAGUUUUGAAAAUCCAUUAAUGUUACCCACAUUAGAACCACCUCGGAAGUUGAAUUUUGUCGUUGACAUCCCUCCAGUCAGUGUUGAGAAGAAGGCAAAGAUGGAUGAUGAGUUUGAUAGCCUAAAACAGACUUCAAGUGCUGGACAUAUUGUUAGUAGUUCUGAGGUCACAAGCACCGCAUCUGUGGAUGAAAAGGCUGAGAAAGGUUCAGUUGAGAAAGAAGAUAUUGCUUCUGUCCUUAAGAUUGGUUCAGUUACUAUUACCCCAAAACAGGUGGAGACUAAACCAUCUGGCAUUAGUGUUGCUAAUAAGGAACCGCUUGAUGUUAUCACAGUAGGCUCAAUGCAAGUCAAAGUUAAUGGAUUUGCCGAGUCUUCGGGUCUUUUGAAGAUUGGGAGUAUCCCACUUGAUCCAAGAACACUACAGCUGGACGGAGGUACUCGUGUUAAAAAUGGAUCUUAAAGUUUUCUUAUAAAUGUCGAGGCACGUUUUGGAUCUUUAUGAAAAGAUGGAUCAAUGCAUGCCUGAUUGUGCCACUGUUGGGAAGUUGGGUUUCUAUUCAAUCUUUUUUUUUUACUGCUUUUUUGUUUGCUACUGAUUGAUAUAAAGGGUCAUACUGAUGUCAUGGAUCUUUCGAGCGGUGUUGAUUCAAAAUGCUUUUAAUGAAAGUGUAACCUCUCUAGUGUGAAUAGCAUUUUCAGGAACAGUAUUUUUAGAAAUAUAAUUUAAUUCGUGAAACAAUAA